AUGUUGUCAGAGUCGUGGCUAAGCCCUGCGAUUCCUGAUACAUUAGUGGCUAUAAACGGUUACACUCUUUUUAGGAACGACCGGGACGGCAGAAGGGGUGGCGGUGUGGGUAUCUUUGUAGCGGACUUGAUUUGUUCCAGUUUCACAAUUAAUAUCUUAAGCUCUGAAGUCGGCAAUAAUGAAGCACUAUUUCUCAAAUCAUCGAACAGUAGUAUCUCAUUUGUGUUAGGAUGUAUAUACAGACUCCCAGACUCUGCAAUUGGUGAUGUUAGAAAACUCUUUACGUUUGUGUCAAAAAUUGCCGAUAGCUGCGACAGACUGAUUAUCGCGGGAGACUUUAAUUUACCUGACAUAACCUGGCCUCUUGAUCAUAUCUCUAAUUUUGACGCUCCUUCCCAGACGAACCAAACACCGUCAACCCUCGAUCUAAUUAUCACCUCGGACGAUAAGUUACUAGCAAACUUAGAUUAUCUGGAUCCUGUUGGUAAAUCUGAUCACGUGGUGUUAAAGGUAGAAGUGCAAAUCUGUUUUGAAAGAGGAAGGAGGAUUACCUCUACUUGUAGGGUUAUUACGAAUUAUGAGCUGCUCAACAGAGAUCUGUUCAACAUUGACUGGUCCACCAUUCUUGUGGAACCAUCUGUAGAAGACAAUUGGACUAGAUUUAAGAAACAGCUUAAUUCUGUGGUGACCAAACACACAGUUUCCGUAGUAAGAAAACAGUCUUCAAAUAAACCAUGGAUCACCAAACAGAUUCUCAAACUUAUUAGAAAAAAAAGGGCGCUGUGGCGAUGUUACAAGCGCACUAGUAGUGAGAGUGAUUACAAGGCACACAGAGUGUUUUCAAGCAAAAAAUACGUGCGGUCUUCCUUAGUUGGGCCUGUGAAGACCCCUCACCUAAGAGACGUAAGUGAACGUGUCACCGAGGAUAGUCAAUUUGUCACUAAUUUGUUUGCGGACACGUUUGCUAAAGUUUUUACAGUUGACACAAAUUCAACAACUAUUACUUCCGUUGAAUUCUCUGAGGUAGCAAUAGCUAAAAAGAUAUCUAAACUGUGCAUAACCAAAUCUCCUGGACCAGAUAGCAUUACCAUUCUGAUGGAGCAGUCAUUUGAGUCGGGGACUUUUCCUCUUGAAUGGAGGUCCGCGGUGGUGAAACCCAUGUACAAAAAGGGUGAUAAGUUUGUUGCUGACAAUUAUAGACCUGUCAGUUUAACGUCUCACGUAGUCAAAAUCGCUGAAUCCAUUGUUUAUGAUGCGUUGAUAGAGUUCAUGAUUAACUGUAAUAUAAUCCCUACAGAGCUACACGGACUUGUGCCUGGUAGGUCUGCUAUUACAAGUUUACUCUGCAGUCUUGAGGACUGGACCAAGACGCUUGAUUCCGGCGAAUCGACUGAUGUUCUGUAUUUGGACUUCUCGAAGGCCUUCGAUCGAGUGCCUUUGCGACAUCUUCUACUUAAACUCAACCAUUUUGGCGUUCGUGGAAACAUUCUUCGCUGGAUAGAGGCUUUUCUUUCUAAUCGGUUGUUCAGUGUUAAAGUGGGUGACGUAUUUAGUAUGCAGAGAAGAGUGCUGAGUGGAGUUCCUCAGGGAUCGUCGCCUUUUGUAAUGUAUGCUGAUGACCUGAAGAUCUAUAAUAAGAGUUGCAAUUUCACUGUUCUGAUAACUACUAAUAGUAGCCGAAAUCCAAAGCAUGAUUAUCAUGUGAAUGGCACGCAACUGUCCAAAGUUGACUCUUAUCGCGAUCUGGGUGUAAUGGUGUCAUCCUCUCUCUUGUGGUCCGAGCACAUAGCUGAAGUAGUUAAGAAGGCGAAUAGAAUUAUAUUUCUUAUUAGUCGGACGUUUAGGGCUAUUACAGUAUCGAUGUUCAUCAAUUUAUAUAAAACAUUAGUUCGACCAGUUCUUGAAUUUGCCAAUACUGUAUGGGCACCGUCUCUGAAAGGCGAUAUUGCAUCAUUGGAGACUGUACAGCGUCGUGCCACUCGUUUGCCGUUUGGGAGAGUUCGCCCUUCAUAUGAAGGGAGACUGGCCCUAAUGCCCUUACCUGCCUUGGCUGAUAGAAGGCUAGGCAUGCGUGGUCGGACAAGGGGUCAUUCCUUUAUAUUAGUUAAAGGUAACUUUAAAACAACAGCUAGACAGAUAUACAUUGUUAACAGGGUGUUUGAUAAGUGGAAUUCUUUACCAACGGAGGUUGUGUAG